UCACGUAGUGAUACCACCCUCAAGCCAAAACUUUUAAGACAUCAAAAGGUGAGAAGAGGCAUAAAUGCUCAGAGUUCAGGAAUAGAGGCAUUCUAAUGCAGUGACCAGUGUGCAGCACCAUACAGACCUAAGCAGCAGAGGACUCAAAACCACAACACUGCGGUUCUACUUACCUGCAUUCUACACUGGAGCGACCAUUGACCUUCUGGAUAAGCAAGUGUUAUGUACUUCCGAAGACUUCAAAGUAAAAUUCAGGGCUUUUGUCUCUAGACCUAAAGGUUCCAGUUCCUGUGAAACUCCAACCACAUUGGACUUUACCUAUAGCUGACACAGAUCCCAUUUCCUCACAUCAUGGUUGGCAGGAGGAUUUGUAAUUUUUGGAUAAUGUGGUCAUCCACCAUAUCUGUUUUAUUGGCCUUCCUCUUGCUAUUUUGGGGGGCUUUUUUGGCACAUGGUAACCCUAUCAGCUCCCCGGAGAGACUCCGCAUUGCUCCAGGGCUGGAAGAUGGGCAUGGAGGGGUGGUGGACCCCUCACUCCUGGAGCAGGACAGUGUGGUGGACAUGCAGAGCUUACUGGAGACUAUGAAGGGGCAGUUUCUACGCACCUUCAACCUGUCAGGUCUCGGUCCCCUUAUGCAGCCAAGAGCCACUCGUGUAGAGCCCCCUGAGUACAUGCUGGAGCUCUACAACCGCUUUGCAAAUGACCGAACCGCCAUGCCUUCUGCAAACAUUGUACGCAGCUUUAAAAAUGAAGACUCCUCCCCAUGCAGCGUGGGACCUGGUGGGGUGAGACAACACCCACUUCUCUUCAAUGUAUCCAUCCCACAUCACGAGAGAGUCACUACAGCUGAGCUCCGACUCUACACUCUGGUCCAAACAGACCUCCACAAAUAUGCUGGUGUUGACAGAAAAGUGACUAUAUAUGAGGUGAAACAUCGAGAAGCUAACAACAGUCAGCAAAUAAGAGGGGAUGAUAUUGAGGGAGGAGGGCGACCCGAACAAGAGAGAGAAAUUGAACUAUUGGAGUUGGCGUCUCGACAGGUAUACGGUACAGAUAAUGGGUGGGAAUCUUUUGACAUGACAGCUGCAGUGCACCGUUGGAGAAAUUCAGACUAUGCCAGCACCCACAGGCUGGAGGUACAUAUAUCAAGUUUAAAUUCUCAGAGUGCUGCAGCAUCUGAAGGUGAGGAUAAAGGCAAUUCCAUAGCAGGUGACAUGGACAUUGACACAAAUCUGGAGGAUGAGCACAACCCCUUAAUGAUUGUCUUCUCUGAUGACCAAAGUGGAGAUCAUCGUGGAGACAAACGUGAGCUGAAUGAGCUGAUCCAGCAUGAGACUGCUGGGCGGGGCUUUCAGGACAACCUUGAGCAAGAGCUAACUGGUCUUUGGGAGGACCUGGGACUUACAGUACAAAAAGAUGGCAAUGAGGAGGAGCCAAGUGAGGAAGCUCUCCUACAGAUGCGCUCCAACAUCAUCUAUGACACAACAUCUAGAAUCCGACGCAAUGCCAAAGGCAACCAGUGUAAAAAGAGUUCCCUCUAUGUAGACUUCAAAGACAUUGGCUGGGACAGCUGGAUCUUGGCCCCCUCUGGAUAUGAAGCCUAUGAGUGUACAGGAAUGUGCACUUACCCUUUGACCAAACACGUUACACCUACAAAACACGCCAUUGUUCAAACUCUGGUCAACCUGAAAAGUCCACAGAGAGUGUCCAGGGCUUGUUGCGUACCCACUAAACUAGAUCCCAUCUCCUUACUCUAUCAAGAUGAUGCAGGUGUGGUUACAUAUCAGUAUAAAUUUGAAGGUAUGGUGGUAGCAGAAUGUGGAUGCAGAUAGUAUUGAAUGCACAGGGAAACUGGGUGAAGCUGGGCCAAAGCUUAGGAAUUGGAUUGGAAGGAGACUAAAAUACAUACAUCGUCUCAGAACCAGCCAAAACUAUGGCCUACAUACAAGUUUCUUCCAAAUGGCAGUGGAUGAGCUCUUACUUCCAACAUUACAGCAUUAGCAGGAGUAAUAAAAUAAAUCACGAAGUCAGCCUGCUCUUGAUUCAAAGUUACACAAGGGUGUUGCGGCAGAGGACAUAAUGGGAACAGUGUGACACAAUGCAAGCUUUAGUGGAAAUGGGGAAGAUUUCAUUCCCACUGAACAAGGAUUGGGUGGAACAUAAGACACUAAUUAAACUACCGACACGCCUCAAGAUCAGCCAGGAUAAAUUAGCUGUUCUUAUCAGUAAAGCCUGAAGUUUAAGUCAAAGAUUAUAUCAACUCAAACUCAUGACAUACUUGGCCAUAUCGUUUGCGUCAACAAAGUCCUUGCUAAGUGGGUGUUUCAUUGAGAUGGCAGCUCAGAAGAGACGGUUUGUGAACUCAAGCACCGCAGGGUCAUUUUGGUGACUCUGCCAGAGAUAAGAAGCCUGUGAAACUGGCUGUUUCCAGUUUUCACAAAACACAGUAUCGUAUCUGUCAAGACUCUGCUGCUUCAAUACGAAGUUUCCUGCCUUGCUGAAUGCAUUUGAUAGGAACUGUUCAAGUUAACAUGAAACCUUUAUCUGAAGAGUCUUGUGAAGAAAGGAAAGGGGUGAAACAGACCAGAUUGGGCCAAUCUGGACUUCAGAAUCUGUCUGAAAACUGCUUAUCUGGAUAUUCACAGUUAGCAGUCACUAUUGCAAAAAUAGUAAAACACUCUUUUUGUCAGCAUCAAGACCAAGCGAUAAAAAGAUGAUCUUGAAACUAUUUAGCAAUAGAGGACAAUUCAAAACUGUUUACAUGCAUCAAGCCUUUCUGUUCAAUGCAUUAGGCGAAAAUCAAAUUGUUGUCUGCAUUCAAUGGAAUUAACUCAGAAAUCUGCACGUCACUAACUGACUUCUUGCACCAGUGCUGAAAUAUGUGAAUGGGGCAUUGACAGAGGAUCCACCUUGCUUCUACAGCUUGGCUGGUCUGCCUUAUUUAAUUGGUAACAGAAAGCAUCAAUGGGUAUUGAGGGCCUAUCUGCCCCCUCCUGCUCUACAUGCCGUGCGAGCUGCGCUCCCACCCCAAAGCAGGGCCAUGAUAAGGAGGUGUCAGGACUGAGAAACGUGUGUGAUACUCAAUGCCUGGAAAACCAAAUGCCCUUCCAAGCUGCAUGGGUGGGGGGAGGGAGCUGUUAAGAUUCCUGGGAAUGAGAAGGCAGUUUGACUUUUCUAUCAUGUCAACUUUUUGUUUCAUAUCUAUCCCAGGGCUAAAGACACGUAAUUGAACCCCCACUGCUUUACUGACAAUGUCCUCCCAGAGUCUUGCUCCCAGGCAACCUCCUGCCAUCCUUAGAGGAACAGAUCUCCUUUUGGACCCUUAUCACUGUUGGGACAAGAGGAUGUAUGGGAACUGUAAGGUCAUCCCCACCCACAGAUAUACUUCUCAAGACGUUUCAGUCAUCAACAGUUCUGACAGUAUCUGCCAAGUUUAUUCCCAUGCCUGAAAUAUACUUUGCAUUAUUGACUUCACAUUACUGACAUUGCGUUAAUGAAAUACAAUUUGUGUUCUGCUGCUUGUAUUUAUCCUAAAGUUUAUUUAUUGAUUAAUUAAUUUAUUUUUUAUAAUUAUUUUACUGACUUUAUAUAGCAUUACUGUACAUAUGAUUACAUACACUAUAGUGAGUACAUGACAUGAUUGUGCAAAAAGAUUUGUCUACACUUACUAUUAAUUAAAUUAAUUUAAAAUGAAUUCAAAUUAUUAACUUAUCCUUUAAAAGUUACUGUGUUGUAAAUAGCAUAGGGAAUUAGCAGGGAUAAUGAUAUAUGGGUCAUGAUACAAUAUAAAUAUUGCAGUUCUUUAGUGAAUAGUUAUUUAUAUUGCAAUCUUUUACUAACUUUUUUCUCUUUAAUCAUCAGUGGACCUCAGUGCUUUGUGCAUUUAUAUUACAUUAUUAUAUAAAUUAUAUAAUUUUGGAUGAAUAUAAAUAAUUGAAUGUUUAUUGACCUAAUGCUCCACUACAUUUAUGCCUUUUCACAUACUUGCUCUGAAGGUGAAUAAUUUUACUUAAAAUAUUAAUGAAGAAUAUUGAUACUGUAACAUGAGGGAAAAUAACAUAAUACUUUAAAAUAUAGAUUUUUUCCCCUAUCCCUAGUUGUAAAGUAUUCAGCAAUAUCUAAGAUGCUUUAAUCAAUCACUUUACAAGCACUGACUUCUCAUUAGGAUUUGCAUAUAUCUUUAAAUAUUUUGUUGAUGCUCUACUCUAGUCACUUGCACUCAGACACUCUCCUUAACAAGAUAUAUUUAGCCACAGUCCAUCCAGAGCUAGCUGUUUAGACAGUGGGCGUGGGAGAAAUUCAUAAAUUUAACUUUCCUUUGAAAACCAGAAGCUCAAAGGACCAUAGUUUACAUGUGUCAAACAGAUCCACAUCCAUGGGAAGCUAACUGGAAACUAAUGACCACACAGGCUCAUCUGCUUUGCGGCUUGAGACCGUGCAGAUGUAUUUGGUUCUGUAUAUGGGGCUAGGGGCUUAAAAAAGUUUAUCUUUGUUGACAGUGUAUUUGAGAAGUUAAGUAAGCUUUGGUAAUUAGCAAUUGCCAGUUGCUGUUGUACAAACAAUGUAUUUGCCAUGUACAAGCGCACACAGGGGUAAAUAAAAGGAAUAUUUUGAAGAAACUGUCUCACGUUAUGGACUCAAACAUUUUAUAUAUAAGGUUACACCAAAAAUAUUUACUAGAAAAGUUGUUUAAUAAUAUCAUUUGUGGCAAUUUGGCUCAAGAACGGUACCUAUUUACUGUAUAAAUUAUAAGGUCUUACCUCUGAUGCUGAUUGCACCUUGUUUUGAUGCUCAUUAAACUAAUAAUGUCCAAGUUGAAACUUGAUCUCGGAGUUUAAAAAUGAGGUCUAAAUACCUUCUUUAUCUUGGCACGUAAGUCACGACAGGAAAUUUUAACCAAAGGAUGGGAAACAAUGUGGAACCUCCAGUAUGUUUAUUGAGCUUGAAUGAUGUGACAGUUCAGGACCUCCCGACCAGUUGCACACACACUUUUGAGCUGUGUCCGAUUAAUGAUUUAUUUACAAAUUACAGAAGCAUUUGUGUCUGGAUAUUGUCAGUGCUGGGUAUUUUGCUAAGCUGACGGGAAGUUAUUAGCUUGUGUUUAUGAUAACAAACACGCUAUUUUUGGUAAGAACAAGAAAAAAGAAAAGAACGCAAAUCUUCGGACAUUCUGGGGGUACAAUUGAAAACUUUUACAAUUAUGAUAUAGUAAUGUCAGAACUUGCUAAGCUUCCAUAUAGUAUGUUACUAGCUAAAAUAAGCUAGAACGUUACAAUGAAUGUGAGAUUUCCAUGAACAAUGCGAUUUUUAGUCAAAUGUCCAUGUAAAAUUAUACAAAUUGAAUGGAUAUUAUUAAGUUCUCACAUGGGCUGGAAACAAGUGUAACAUUACAAUGCAUUUUUAUAUGUUGUUUUUCUUUACAAAUUGAACAGUAAUGUGAUUAAAACUGUGGAGACUGCAUCAAAAGGCUAUCGAAGGCAAAUGCUUCUCGCAGUCAACUGAAAAGAGAAAGGCCUCAUUCUCCUACCUCAGAGGUAGGCUAUCGUUUAACCCACAACCAGGGGUGGAUUAUGACUAGCAAGGGCCCUGAGGCCAAUUUUCUUUUAGGGCCCCCCAGACCAAUUAUCUUUUAAAGUUGAGUUUUACGCAAUCUAUUUUCUCUCCCAUCGAAAAGCCCUGCAAAGGCAUCAUUUAAGCAUUUUCGAAGUGUCCAAAAAUCCCCUAGACUACAUUACAUUGACAGAAUGUUAAAAUGAGUUUGUUUUUGAAUGUUCGUGAUUUCAAACUUCAGCUGUCAAAACUUACACACAAAUCUGCUUUAAGAUGCUCUCUUCUUUCUUUCUUUCUUUCUUGCUGUAAAACCUGUAAAAUGUCUAAAUUAAAGCAUUUAAAACUAUUUUAAACUUUCAGACAAUGUUUUGUCAGACCAACAUUAUAGUUUGUCUCAAACUUUACAUAUCUAGUUUAAUCAGUACUUUUGAACCACACAAAGU